AUGGAUAUAGUUAAACCCUACAGACUUAAACCCUACAGACUUAAACCCUACAGACUUAAACCCUACAGACUUAAACCCUACAGACUUAAACCCUACAGACUUAAACCCUACAGACUUAAACCCUGCAGACUUAAACCCUACAGACUUAAACCCUACAGACUUAAACCCUACAGACUUAAACCCUACAGACUUAAACCCUACAGACUUAAACCCUACAGACUUAAACCCUACAGACUUAAACCCUACAGACUUAAACCCUACAGACUUAAACCCUACAGACUUAAACCCUACAGACUUACACCCUACAGACUUACACCCUACAGACUUACACCCUACAGACUUACACCCUACAGACUUACACUCUACAGACUUAAACCCUACAGACUUACACCCUACAGACUUACACCCUACAGACUUAAACCCUACAGACUUAAACCCUACAGACUUAGGGGUUUAAGACUUAAACCCUACAGACCUACAGACUUAAACCCUACAGACUUAAACCCUACAGACUUACACCCUACAGACUUACACCCUACAGACUUACACCCUACAGACUUAAACCCUACAGACUUAAACCCUACAGACUUAAACCCUACAGACUUAAACCCUACAGACUUAAACCCUACAGACUUACACCCUACAGACUUCAGCAGAUAUUUUUAA